AUCUCAGCCCUUCUUCCACUGAUGAUGUGGCUCCAAGCAAAGAGACGAAACAUGAAUGAAGUCUGCCGAUCAGAGGGCCACGUAGCUACUAGCAAAUCCAUUUGGUUACUAUCCUCUGCUGGCCAUAAACUGCAGUGUCACGUAAACACGGAUCAACCCUUGGGUGUAUUUCUGAAGAAUAAAUUUGCCCAUGCAAUCGGGAUGUCCCCUGAGACGCUUAUUUUAAUCUUUGAUGGGGAGGAAGUCCAGGAGCAGGACACCUUUGACUCUUUGGCCAUGGAGGAUGAUGACAUCAUAGACGUUUUAGAAGGCAACUAGUGGUCGGAAAAUCAAGUAACCAAGUAAUUGCCCAGCAGAGUCAAUGAACUUGUCGUGCACUUGUCAAUAAAAUGAAAUAAAGAUCGUUGAG